UGAGUGCGGUAGCUAGAGGCUUACUAAACCAACAAGAGAACUCAUUGCGGAACCUUUCUAGGAUAAUCAAGUUUUUAAUGGUUUUGCGUUAUGUAUUCUCCGGGCUGAAAUCUUCCAUGUUGUUGCUCAUCUUGCGAAUACCCAAGUUUCUAGGUCUAGUUUAUCUUUCUUUUCAGACGUUUGCCAGUGUUUUCUCUCAGUGGGUCUCUCACUCGCGCAGUCUCUGGUGGGAGGGUGUGGUGCUUUAACUAAACUCGCUUGAUAUGCUCUGAACUUUGCCUGAAAAGGAGUAACAAACAUACAGCACAGAAAAAAAACAGACAGGCGUUACAUCGACUUGCAAUACACUGAGAGACAGAGCAAAGGUGAAGAGGGAGAGUUCUGGGGGUUUUUAGUCAGACGUUCAAAACUCCUUUCCUAAGCCAAGUGCAGGACGAUAAAGAGCACUGCUUAUACAGAGGUGUACUGCACUCGGGAGCGAAGAAUAAGACUAGAACUAUUCACACUUCUUUGACUGGCAGAAGCAGUCAACAGACUCGGCUGCAGGUCAACAGGUUCAGUCGUCCUGGAAUGGGGAAGAAGAAUAGGCAUUGACUAUUUCUGAGCAUCAACUGCCCAAGAUUGUACCAGGAGACUCAGAAGCAAGGACACCAAUGGAGAGCAAUCCCAAGAGAUGGAUGAUGAGAAACCUGUCUCCCAGACUUGGGGUGACAGAACAAACAACACAAGAUCAGUUGGAAAGCUCUCUAGAAAACGGUUGUGGUAUGCAGUCAGAUGCAAACAGCUACUCCUGGGAGCAUAUCCUAGUGAAUUGGUCCCAGCCCUCGGUAACAGUCACACCAGGCCAAGAGGAGAGGAUGGGGGAAGUGGUGGUACAUGCAAGACAGGUCUCAGUAGUGGAAGAGAAGGACGACUGGAAUUCGGAGAGCCCAGAGAGUCCAGGAAGUCCACAGACUGGUUUCUAUUCCUUUGAAGACACCACUCAAGAAGCAGAAAAAACUGAAGCUUGGAUGUCUUCUCCUCAGAGGGAAGCCAAGCUUGCCACCUUAAGGGUAGAAAAUGGCUUCAAGCUGCGGGCAUAUCAUGAAGAGCAGAAGCCAGACAAACUCUUUGCUGAGGAGAAUGGAGACGCCCGCUACAGGAUAACUGAUGGUGAUGGCCCCCUGGAAGAUCAGGAACUGGAGUACGAGAGGCUGCAGAUCAUCCGCAGCCAGGCACCAAAGAAGAGCUCCACCUUCAAUGAACAGUGGAACACUCUACAGAUACAAGAUACAACCAAGUCACCCAGUAGACUCAUGGAAGGUUUUGCACUCCACUAUAACACACCCAGUGAGCAGUCCUCUCACAUGGUAGAGUCUGAGAGUAUUGACACUAAGCAGAUCGACUUCAGUGCAGCACGUCAGCAAUUCCUCAUGAUGGAAAGGUCCAACCAGAAUCCUUUUCUCCAAAGCCCUCAGCAAUUACAGACCCCAAAGUUGCAAGCAUUUCCUCACAUGGAAGAAAGGACCACCUUUGCUGUGAAAGUAAAUCAAGGUGAUGAAAUGGAGGAAAAGCCUGCCCUACCCCAAAAACAAUACUUUGAGAAAGACACACCCGUGGAUGAGGUGUUCACCAGCAAAAGGGUCACCGUAUCUUUGGUGGCGGACAGCAGUAAUGGCAGUAAGAGGCAAAAUAUCUGCUUUGAUGAUCUCGAUUCUGGAUUAGGAGAGCUAUCUUUGGACCUGGGUGGGGGCUAUGCCAGUGAUAGCAGUACUUCCCAUGAGGUUCUAGUAUCCAAGACCCCAACAAAGACAGAGACUCCCAUCGAACGGGAGAUCCGUAUUGCCCAGGAGAGAGAGGAGAAUCUUCGGCGGGAACGAGGGAUCUUGCGUUCUGACAGCAAGGAGAUAGUGCAGAUCAAGACCAAGCCUUUUCUCUCCCAAGACUGUCAGACCUCUUCCCCCACAGUGGGCAAGACCAAGGAGAAAGCCCGAGUGAGUUUUUUCAUUCAGCGAGAGAUUGAGAGAGAGAUUCGCCGAGAGGAGGACCUGCUACAUGAGGGCAAGGUUGCAGGGCUGUAUGAUCGAGGAACGCCUCAGGAACUGGAGGAGAGAAAGAGAGUGUUUGAGCUGAAACCUGAUGAGGUGCCAGUGAUGCCUAUCAGGAUGAGCCUUUCUGGUAAGCUUGUAGAUGCCACAAAGUCCAAAUCAGGUACAGAAGACGGAAGGCUCACUCCAGAAGUUGCACUAAUAAUUGAAGACAAAGACAACGUAGACACAGAAGGUUUCAUACCUCCUUGUUGCCCACAUAGACAUCCUGAUGAGAAUGACUAUGUUCUCAAAGCUCGCGAGAAAGAUUCCCCAGUCAAACCUCAAAAAGAAAGGUUGGGCAGUGAAGAGAACAAGUACAGAGUGCAGCACGAAAUCAAACAUUCGCUGCUCUCCAGGGGAGAUCAACUACCCAACCCUGAAGCUGGAGUUGGUGACAAGGACGUUGGGCUAAAGACAUCCGCAGUUUCCAAGAUGCAUACGACAGCUGAGAAGUCUCCAGACAUCAGUGUAACUAAGGUUUUAGCGCCUUUGGUGGUAGGUGAUGAUCAAGCCCAGUUGAUAACAGUCAAGGACUCUGUGCAGUUCACCUUGCCCAGAGAUCAUUUGGGGCCCAGCUCAGUCAAAGAGUCAUUAUGCAUAACAAUGCCGAACAAUCCAUUAUCUUCAACUCCUGUCAGAGAUUCUUUUGGAAGAAUGUCUCUUGAACAUUCAGUGAAUGAUUCACUAAGAUAUCCAUUGGUCCAAGGGUUGACAGGCAUUCCUACAGCCACGGACAUUCAGGACUUCAGUGAGGUCCAUGAUCCAAAACGUCCCUGGCACAGCCAGCAUGAGAAGUUCCAGAUGAAGACUCGCAAGCUCCAGACUCCAGAGGCCAUACGGCUGGAGAUUGAGGAGGACCUGAAACGAGAGCUGGAGCUCCGCAGGCUGAGGGAGGGAACUGGGCUUUCUUCCUCUCGGGAUGGGGACUUGAAUGGUUUGGAUAGGACAUCUCCUGUAAUUGUCUCACCCACGGCAGAACAGAGCAAAGAAAGUAGCCCACUUCUCUUGCAGUACAGGAAACUGACAGCUUCUGACCAAGUGGCACCAGAGCCUGGUCCUGCACCUGCUGUUGAGAGGUAUAAAGGAGCCACAUUGCCUCACUUGUGGGGUCUGGAUGCCGUAGACCAUGCAAAGCCAAAGGUCACUCCACUCAAGCUAGACAAUCCAGAGACAACGACCCCACCUCUGGCCUCUCCCCGAUUUGCUCCACGUGCGCCCCUGUUAAGCAUGGUAACAGCCCAGCCCUGGGGAUCCCCGCGGCCCCAGGCCCCCUCUUCCCCCCGUGAGCCCCCAGUGAUGGAUCCAAACGGCCGGUGUGAGCCCAGUACCCUUAAAGGGCUGACGGAGACGCUGCUGGAGAACUUCGAGGAGCGGAGGAUCAAACAGAGGCUGGAGGAGAACGCAUACGCUGGCAUUCAGCCCAGUGAUGAUGUGAACAAUGAGGUCCUGGAGGCCACACGUGUGACACGUCACAAGAACACCCGCGCCCUGCUCUGGGAAGCGGGCAUGUAUACCAACACCGCUGCCGACUGAAGGGGAGAAGGCAGGCUGGCGUUAGUCAGGGGUGAGCUACACUGGCAAAGCCUUUUUUUUUGAGGAAGGGAGAAGGGAGGGAGAGGUUUUAAUCUCUCUUCCCCAGCUACCAUGACCGAGUCCCUCCUAACAGCACAACCAGUGGAAAAAUUGCCUCAUCUCUUGGUCACCGGAGAACAUGCAAAAACGGAAAGAGCCGAGGGAGAAUGGUCCUACUGAUUGGUUAAUAUCCCACUGCUACCCCCUUUACUUCCGCCACCACAUUCUCAUGCUUUUUACAGUGUCUCCCAAUCCUGCUGUGAUUUCCGGCUUACUGGUGUCAGCCAGGCACAACUGCAGAUGCGCAGUGGGAUAGGGCAGCAGGAUUGUGCAACGUGCUUUUACGAACUGGCCCGAGGAGAAAACUGUUUCAGAGCUUUCGGGGAGAGGCUGCUGCUAUGACUUCUGGAGGAAAACAUGUGUCAAUUGAAGCAGAGGAAGUGACAAAUAAACUUGGAGGCUCUCAGAGCUCUCUCGGGGAAAGGUCAGUGAUGAGACAGUGGCUGCCUACAUUGCAUUGAAUUUCCUACUGAGCUGGGCUUGUCAUGGUCAGCUCUCACUACCUGAAAAGAGCGUAUUGACAUGUCUUGAUCUGCUAGUUCAAGCAAUGUCAGUUUGUAGUUAGUGCCUUCAGCUGUGGUCCCAGUCUUCCUUAACAGUGAAACUGAAAAAACACCUUGAAUCAAUGUGCCUUCAUUUGGAACGGAUUUCUACAAAAUUAAGAAACUGAACAUCAUUAAAUAUCACUCUUUUUUACAUUUGCACAUCUGAAUGUGUGGCAAUAACACACUUUCAUACCAAUACAUUCCAUAUUAAUCAAAUUUUAACCUUUUCAUAAGUGAUGCUCCAGAUCAUUCUGAUCAGAUUUAAACAGCUGGUUUUAAGUGUAAUUUAGAGCUGUGCAGUCAAAAAGAGAUACUUUGUAAUCCAAACACAUGUGAUAUGCAAGAAAUGUUGCAUUAUAGAAGGGGGAGUAGGUCACAAGCAUCAGUACAAACAUAUAUGUGUAUAUCACAGUAAAAGAUCAAGUGCCAAAGCAGAGAGUUUUAACACAUAUGAGCCUGUACUGCCUUCUUCCCUAGAACAAUAUAGCAAUGAAUUGUUUAUGUAUAUAUAAAAUGAUACAUUUUGAAGAAUACAGAAUGAUUGCAGAUGCAUGUUAUUGAAAGCUUUGUAGUUUGAUGUUUGCAUAGAAAGUUUCUGAAAAUUGCAAAUUAGAUUUGCAGAUGGACAUGAUUUUCUGCUUUUGCAUCAAAUGCUGCCUAUACCUGUGUAGAAUCCUUAAAUAUUUUAUGGUUAAUAGUUUGGAUUAAGAAACAUGCUGUGCGCAGGUCAUUAUAUUUAGUCAUGAAAAAUUGAACACUUCAAUUUUCCCAUCAUAAUGAACAAUUCAAGGGUUUUACUAAGACAAAACUUUUCUUUCUGGAACCAGGCUUAAAUGAAAAAAGUAUUUGGAAAGAAAAUGGGUUUGCUAUUUUCUCCUGAUUGGUCUUACAGCUGUUGAUAUAAGAAUGUUGAUGUCACUGUCAGAAAGCAGCAGUGAAAACAUUAAAAUGUGAACAAAUUGUAAUGCUCUUAUUAGUAAAUAGUUGUGUAAAUAGGAUGUCACAAUAACACAAUUUAACCUUAAAACAAAGUAUGGCAGGUAUAUCCUUGAAAGAAACAUGCUGUGUGUUUAUAAGGUCAGCUGAUGUGACUAAAGACAUUCUCAAGAUGCAGACUGAUGUACUUCCGAUUCUCAAAACAUUGACACAUUUUUAUUUCUAGUUGACUUGCAAAGUUUACUAGUAAAACUUUGGAUAGGCUCAGAAAAUAAAGAAAUUCUAUAUUUCAGGGACUCUAUUUUUUAUCUGCUUGGUAAUCGUUUUCGUUUUAGAUAUAUAGCAUGCAUAACCUUUCUAUAAUCCUACAGUCAUAUUGUGUCUAAAAAAUAUUUCCAAUGCUUCUGAUUUGUAAUUAAUAAAUUAUUGGAAUCGAUCUGUGUCCUUAAACUUU